UCAAAUCUUUCUUCUUGAAAUUAAUUUACAGACUACAGUUUGGUUCUUGUUGAGGAGAAUGAAGUUCAAAGUUGUUUUUUUCUCAUGUCUCCUGCUUGCUCUCCUACUUGUCACUUCCUCAGUGGAAGCUGAUCAUCAUACAUCUAAACAAGAAGAGAGCAAAGUGGCGGUAGGUGAGGAAAGUGCAUAUACAAAGGGCUUCCAACAUGGUUAUGAAAUAGGAUACGGAGGUGGGAUUUCAUGGGGGGGAAGUUUCCCCGGCCCCGGCGGAUUCGGCAACGGAGGAGGCUGGGGAGGUCCAGGCGGCGGAGGCUGGGGAGGAAACGGUGGUCCAGGCACCGGAGGCUGGGGAGGAAACGGUGGUCCGGGCAGCGGAGGCUGGGGAGGAUACGGUGGCGGGCAGGGAAGAGGACGCUGCAGAUUCGGCUGCUGCGAUGGCAUUAAUGGGGGCGGCGGAGGAUUCUGGGGCGGUUGCAGAAGAUGCUGCUACAGUGCUAGGGAAGCUUAUCAGUACUUCCGGCUGAAUGGUGAAGACAAGCCUUAAUAAUUAAAACUAUAAUUAAUCUUUAUAUUUAUAUAUAUAACCUAUAACUAUAAGUACCCAUGUAUUAUUAUUAUUAUGCAAAAAUAAGACUAUAUAUUGCAGAGAUAUAUAGCUAUAUUAUAUAUAUAUGUAUAUGCAUGGGCUUAAUUAGAGUGGAGUUGAGAAUAUGAAAUAAGCAGUAGCAGUAGGGUUCAGUUAAUGUUCCUGCUCAUGCCCGAGGGUUAGAGCAAGUGCUUUAGUUUAUAUAUGUUGUAACUUUGCUGGCAUCUGGCAAUAAACAUUUCUUUCUUUCUUUC